AUGGCUACAUAUUGGAUGAUCCCUUUGGCGGAAUUGCCCAGCGUGCGAUUCCCAUCACUCACCAAGGCAAAAAAUGAACUGAAUGCAGCAACUUACUCACAAUUCACGCGACUUGCUUAUACUCGAUGUUUUGGUUCUGUGAAUUCACAGUUACUGGAAACCAUCAUUCAUGAGAAUCAAAUAUGUGCAGUUGGACGUAAACCGAAGAAUUCACUGGUUACGUGGAAACUGGAGAAUUCACUAAGCCUCGUUUAUCAUCCACCUUCUUCGCGGUUUUACAUCCAGAGACGAGGUUUUCGUACACUGCGCUCGGAGAAAACUGAAAAGCCGAAAAAAGGAUUUUUAGCAUUUCUGGGCUUCAACACAUUUGAGGGCGGUCGAAUGAAGAGUCCACAAAUAAAAUCUUUCCGAGAAAAACUGAAAACUGUGGCUGAAAACGAUAGAAAAGGCUUUCUGGUGAGUCUUUCUUGA